GCCAUCUUGCUCCGUCGUCCUGUAAGGCACCCGCCACUCGCGAGAUCGAUACGAUGAUAUGAGGCCCGUUGCGCGCCCCGCCCGUCUCAAAUCCAGUCCGCCGUCCUUUCCAUUGAACGUCCUCCGGAUCUUCCCCCAUGUCCUAUCCCCUCCUUGCGGUUGCGUGGGAUGUGGUUAAAGGCCGUCCGGAUAUCGCCAACAUCGUCCAGGAAAUCGUCGGCCAGCACGUGGGAGAUCUGUCGCUGCUGCAACUGCAGGCCAAUGUGCUCGACCAUAUCAGCAGCGUUACCCGAGUCGUCUCGUGGAUCCGGAUCCUCUUCGACCUUCAAAGGACGUAUCCCAAUGGCCCAGGACCCGGCAUCGACGCCGCCACAUCCCCACUGACGUCCACCCUUUCGUCGGAAAACAUCAUCUCGUGCAUGUUGUAUCUUAUUCAAAUCAAGUCCAAGCUAUUUCCUGCGCAGUCAACAGUAGACUUUGAGACGGCGAGGUUUCGGUAUCACGUUGCCUUCACCCUACUUGCUGGGGUUCGAAUAUUACUGUUGAGGAACGAUGCACUUUCUCCAGAUCAAAGAGGUGGUUUGAAGCGGAGCAUUGUUGCUGCAUGGCAACACACUAGUCUUCCGGAGGACGAGAAGUUCCUCGUAUUAGAACUACUUCCGGCGGCAAUAUCGCAAAUUCGAUCCGAAUCGCACCCGUCCCCACCGUUCGAGCCACAUCCAACCGUGGCCAUGUCACAUGCUCUAGGAAAUCACUAUUUCAAUCUUCAUCCCGACAAAUUUGUGCCUUCAGCGUUGGCUCGGCUGAGCAAGUAUCCCCUUGCGAACCUUGAGUCGUUCUGGAUCCUCUUUGAUUCAGUAUGGACAGGAGAGUCCACGCUGAUCAAGACCUAUCUGGACAACAACCAAACUCCAUCCAGUCCAUCGACUGAGGCACCGCCAGAUGGCCGGGCCCUCCAGUCAACAUGGGCAAUCGAGGACCGAAAGCGGGCACUAAUUCGAGCGAUCAUGCAGCCCCAAGAAAUGAGUUCAAAUGUGCUCAGUGUCCUCCAAGCAAUUUUUGCAAAUAUAAUUGAUUGGAAAGAUCGAGAGGACACCAAGUACCGUAUUCCUGAACUGCAGGACUACAUGACGGAAAUGCAGAGCGAAUUCGAACAAUCGGUGCAACAUCUAAUUGAAUGGUUGAAGAGCAGAGCCAAUCAACUAUGGGCUUGCAAUGGAGAGAUGGAGACUCUCUACUACGAUAUCAAGAGGUCUGCAAAGUGUUGGGUGUUGGGUGCUGCGUCUGUUCAAGAACGGUUGGAUAUCGAUGAGAACAUGGGGCCUAUAUAUGUCUUGAGCUGUCCUGCACUUCAUCCUAUUCCUCAUAAGCUACUCGCCAGGCACCUGCGAGAUACUGGCUCUUCCGCAUACGAGGAACUUUUGCAAAUCUCAAAUUUCAUAAUCUUGGAGACGCAAUGCCCUAGGUGUCCCGGAGGACAAACCGCGCAAAGUGCACGUCUCAUUGAACCAAUCGAGAAUCUGAUGAGCUCUUUGUUAGGAGGGUGGAGCGUUACGGAUGAAUCUUCGAGUCGGUUCUCGAAGCCAUCGAACUCCAUUGAAACGUCUUCAAGGACAGGGUCACUGAGUUACAAUACCAGUCAUUCCUCGACUCGUCCUGACCCUGUAGACCCUCCAGCAACCCCGCUCUCUUCGGUGGUGUCUCCCACUCUGGACACUCCAAUCCGAGAUACCCCGAUCCGAGAUCCUCCAAUUCGAGAUCAGAAAGAUAUCCCAAGUCUUGAUCGACUCGUAUCUCCACUAUCCCCAAACCCUCAUUAUGGCUUACAGCCCGCCUUUAGCUCACAGUCAUUGCCGACUUCACAGCCAGCGCCGAGUCUUCGCAAACCAUCUUUCGCCUCCUUGGCAGCCGAGCCUGCUGCACGGCCGCGGACCGAGUCGUUGCCAUCCACUGCUCCACCCUCCAUCUCUUCAGUCUCCAGAAAAGACCCGAAACCUCGUAUCAUGCUUGGAAGAAGGACUGCGUCCAUGAAGGCGAAGCCAACGAAGCCAACGAAGCCAACAUCAGGGGCACCUACAUCUUUCACAUUUUCGAUUAUGGGUGAUUCAGUGCUUGUAUGGGGAGCGCCGAAUAGCGGAAUCGCGAAAUUGGAUAUCGGGACUUCUUCACAUGCUCUAAAAUCGGCAUGGUAUAACAUCCCCAAUGUGCAAUACGCAGCCGCUGGAAACCACCGAUCAGCUAUAAUUGCUUCAGAUGGACAUCGUCGCAAGAUUAUCACGGUCACUGAUGGGAGCAGUGAGAUUGAAUCGGAUCUCGACAUCGAACUGUCUCACCGACCGAUCCCGGAAAUCUGCAUAUCAGUCUCAAGGGACGACAACUAUAUAGCCAUGACCUUAAACGAUGAUAUCCAUAUCUUCCAGGUCCAGUCACGCCGUGUUCGAAGAGUCAUCUUACAUGACCGAGAGCAGGCUUCUCCGUUGCAUGGAUCGCACCAUCCAAAGAAGAAUCAGGUGCUUUCACCAUCCAAGAAAGCUCUUAGUUGGAGAGAGGUGACACAGGAGACUGCACGACAGAAUGCAAUCUUGGAACGCAAAUUGAGUUUCACAAAGAACAACAAUAUGUUGAUCGUGGCCACUCAUCUUGCGGAUCACUGCGUUUAUCUAGAUGUCUGGGAGGCCAACUCAGAUGGACUCUGGGGUGUCAAAACUGACUACAACCGCUCAUUCAAACUACCCCCGUGGACAACCAACGAUGGAGACCUGACCUCUAUAUUCUACGACUCUCUCCACCGGUCCGCUUUCCUCACCGCCUUCCUCGGCAAGACUUACCCCCUCAUCAUCCCCAUACCCGGGUAUGACCACCUCCAUCCCGACGAUCUCUCUCCCCGUACCCUCUGCGCCGCGCAGUCACCGUCCUGCAUCCGCUAUGCCGCCUUGACUUCACUCACCGACCUUCAUCUCUUCGACUACAAGGCCAAUGGUACUCUCAGCCCACGGCGCAUCAAGAAAGCCACCGCCAAAAUACCGAGCGUAGCACUGAAGGUCGGCCAUGUCGGCUUAGCAAUGCCCUCUGACACUACCGUGCAGAUUUAUUGGACGAAAGACACAAAGCUGAUGCUGCGGACCGUAUCGCUGCGGUCGGAGCAAGAGACUGUUACGGAUCGAGACCUGCGGUCCGAGUACGAUCGUGUCGUGGCCGAGCACCGCGAUAUCGGGCACGAGCCGUUCGAUUUGUCCAAACCCAGUUUGCCGAGUAUCGACGAUGGCGCUGCGGAGCUCAUGGGCAAGAUUGACGAGGGCCUGGAAUUCACGAUGUCUGGUGCGCUACCAGGAUCGUCGAGCCCCGGGAUGAAUAGGAGGGGGACUCUGGGGAGUAGGAGGGUGAUUGAGUUGGACUCGACAAGUGUGCAAGAGCUGCCAGGGGAUUGGAAGUGAUUGUGUUGGUCGGGAAAGGUACUAUAUACAGCAGCUUUAUUGAAACUUCGGGAGAUACCAGGACACAUGGAUUUAGGAGGCUUGCAAAUUGGAUAGACAUUAUGCUUUGAACUUGCGCCACAUAUACACUGCAUCGUGCCACUCGUAGCCAAUCAACCAAAGGACG